AUGAAUGAUGAUAAUGAACAAGAGGAUCAAAUAAGAGAGUAUGAGGGCACCACAGAGAAUCAAUCUCAAUCAGAAGCAAGCUCAGAUGAUUAUAUAUUAUCAGACGAUGAAGAAUUACAUAACAUAUUAUCUCACGAUAUAAAUCCACAUUUAAAUACAACAAAUUUAUCAGAUCAUGCUUCUUAUUUUCAGGAUUCAUUAUCAAACGCAAUGGAUUCAAUAGAGAUAGAUAAAUCAUUAGCUCUAAAAGCUCAAAUAUCAGGUAAUAUAAACAAUGAAAAUCAGAAAUUAAUUGAAAAAAAUCAACAAUUAAAAGAAUCAAUACUGAGAUUACAAGAAUUAUUUAAAAAGAAUUUUGCCGUGUCUAACGAUUCAAAAAUUUCAAAAGUAGAUCAGAUGAAGAAUGAUAUUGUUAAUAUUGAAAAACGGAUUAAGAAAUUAACUAAUGGGUACGAAUCAAAGGGAAUAUUUAAAAAUAAAAAAGUUAUGGGUGUUGCUCAGAAGUUUCCUAUUGAGUAUAAUAAAGCUAGAGAUAAAGUACUAGAAAGACAGAUUAAUAUUGAUAGUUAG